AUGAUGAAGACGGACGUUCCCGGGGCGGCCGCAGCCGCCGCGCUGCUCCUUGUCGCGCUUCUCAUCGCGAGUAACGGAAUCGGAGCGUCGCUGGGAGCACCUGCCUCCGCCGGCAAGCCGGUGGUGAGCGAGCCGCGCUCUCCUGCCCCCGCUGGCACGGCGGUGGCGAGCGCGAGCGAGGUGGUGAGCGCCGCGCGCGAGUUGGUGAAAGCGCAACUUUCCGUGGAGACAAUGGUGAUCGUCGGCUCUCCAGCGAAGCCCGGCGUUGUCUCCUUUCGCUUUGACCAAUGCGGCACGACCGACGUCUGGGGGCCGAAAGUGGACGCGCUCGUGCUGUGGAGAAUGUUUGAGGAUCGCGCUGUGUGCAGCGUGCUGCAGUUGUUCGCUUCCAAAGGCUGCGGGGGCAAACCGGUUUGGAACGUCACUGCCCCACCCUACGCACUUUAUCAAACUGUCAAGAUGCAGGGGUUGCUUGUGAAGUCCUUCCGUUGCGUUGUCUACAUAAUUAUGAAAGAGCAGCAGUCGCUGCUGCCAUCCGUGCCCUACUGCUGCCAUGCACAUCCUUUCUGCUGCCAUCCGUGCCCUACUGCUGCCAUGCACAUGCUUUCUGCUGCCAUGCACAUGCUUUCUGCUGCCAUGCACAUGCUUUCUGCUGCCAUGCACAUGCUUUCUGCUGCCAUGCACAUGCUUUCUGCUGCCAUGCACAUGCUUUCUGCUGCCAUGCACAUGCUUUCUGCUGCCAUGCACAUGCUUUCUGCUGCCAUGCACAUGCUUUCUGCUGCCAUGCACAUGCUUUCUGCUGCCAUGCACAUGCUUUCUGCUGCCAUGCACAUGCUUUCUGCUGCCAUGCACAUGCUUUCUGCUGCCAUGCACAUGCUUUCUGCUGCCAUGCACAUGCUUUCUGCUGCCAUGCACAUGCUUUCUGCUGCCAUGCACAUGCUUUCUGCUGCCAUGCACAUGCUUUCUGCUGCCAUGCACAUGCUUUCUGCUGCCAUGCACAUGCUUUCUGCUGCCAUGCACAUGCUUUCUGCUGCCAUGCACAUGCUUUCUGCUGCCAUGCACAUGCUUUCUGCUGCCAUGCACAUGCUUUCUGCUGCCAUGCACAUGCUUUCUGCUGCCAUGCACAUGCUUUCUGCCUCUCUCCCCUCUGCCUCUCCCCAUGCCUCUCUCCCCUCUGCUUCUUCCCCCCCGCCUCCACCCCUGUGCCUAUCCUCCCAUGCCUCUCCCCCCUCGCCUCCACCCCUGUGCCUCUUCCCCCACGCCUCCACCCCUGUGCCUCUCCCCCUGUGCCUCUUCCCCCACGCCUCCACCCCUGUGCCUCUCCCCCUGUGCCUCUUCCCCCACGCCUCCACCCCUGUGCCUCUCCCCCCAUGCCUCUCGCCCCAUCCCUCUCCCCCCAUGCCUCUCCCUCCAUGCUCUAUCAUCCAGACAACACCUGCAGCUGGGUCACGUGCCCGGCACACUCCAAGUGCGUCAGGGCGAAUGAUGGAUUUUUUGGGGUGGCCUGCGAGUGCGACAAGGGCUACCAAGUCGUCUACGCUGGUUGCCAGCUCAAAGCUUAAGAACUCCCCCUCCCUUUCCUGA